UAUUUACACAUGUCAUAUGUGUAAUUUUUGGUGACACUCAUAAUAAUUUGACAUGCGCGUUGAUGUUGGAGAUAAUCGUCCAAACAAAACAAACGCAAGCAACAAAGUAAAGUGCAAUAAAAUGUCAGUGUCCUGGAUUUCCUGACUCCUGGUCCUGAAAAAAGAAAUUGAAGAGAGAUGUACCGGUACGUUUGGUCGCUGGUCUGCUGGUACCUGAGGCCGAUAAUAAAGUGGUUCCUCCGGCAGACGACGUCGAUGUGCGAGCUCCAGAGGAUUUGCUACGGCGAGCCCUCGGGGGCCAAGAGGACGCUCGCGGUCGAGAAUUCCCUGUACCAGUCCCGGAACCCGGAGAUCAAAGCGAUGGUAGUCAGUCUUGACGAGCUGACCGAGCGUAGGGGCUUCAACGCCAAGACCGAGAGGAAGGUCCUCGAGGACGCCAUCAGGACUGUCCUGCUGGCCAAGAAGAUUAAUCCUGUAGCUCACCCUGAUUUCGCCAAGACCUUCGGCAAGUGCGUCGAGCUGAUCUGGGGGUACAGGCAGCUGGUUUUUGAAAUUGAGGAGCUCAGGAAAACUGGGUAUGAUUCUAAUAAUCCAGAGCAUGAAGUGAUCCUGCUGAAGCUUUGGAAUCUUCUGAAGCCUGAUGAACCUCUUGAGGCUAGGGUUACUAAGCAGUGGCAGGAUAUUGGCUUUCAGGGCGACGAUCCAAAGACAGAUUUCCGAGGCAUGGGAAUUCUCGGCCUAGAGAACCUGGUGUUCUUCGCAGACGAGUACCCAAUAGCAGCUCGCCACGCAUUACUACACUCUAUUCACCCAAGAUACGGUUACGCGUUUGCGAUAGUCGGGAUCAACAUCACCAGCAUGGCCUGGAGGCUGCUCCGGGACGGAGCAGCCAAAACCCACGUCUACAAUUCCUCAAAGACUCUCCCGGGAGUCCGUGCCUUUCACCAGUUCUUCAGCUACCUCUUCUACGCGUUCGACGAGUUCUGGAUCGAGAGCAAGCCCACCAAUAUGAUGGAGUUCUCCUCUCUAUCCCAGAAAUUCGAGAACAGCAUCCGCACCGCACUCGCUAACCCUGCGACUGUCUUUCGGCUCAAUCCCAGCCUCGACAAAAUUUAGUGAAAAUUUUUUAAAAAUUUAUUAUUAUUUACAAGGCCAAUAUUUUUGCCAUAAUUUAAAA